CCCUACAGGCUGUGGCGUGGAUUUGUCAAAAGUAUUUUCUGCAUUAGGUCAGAAACACUCGACGGGUCCACUUCUGAAUCAUAUCGUUUGUUAUCAUGCAUUUGGCAAACUAAAAUCUAGUACAAGGUCCCAUGGGAACUGAGUGACUGCCAAUUUCAUUUUGAAAGAAUCAGCAGCUAGAGCAAGAUUCAGUAUGGAUGCCUGGAUCCGCAGCAAAGCUUUAGUUUUCCUGUGCGUCUCGGUCCUAUGGUGGGGUCCCAAUGUGUUCGGUGUACUGACUGUACGGCAAGCAGCCCACCUAAAAAGGAGAAUCGAGGAGGUGACAUCGAAGAUUGAACAGGUGAAAUUGAGGGUUGUGAACACUCAUGAAGUGCUAAGCUCCUUAGCACAGACAGGUUUUGCCAUUACAGAACCGAAGUCUUGUCGCGAAGUGAAGUCCCGCCUACCUGCUGCCAGUGAUGGCGACUACACAAUCCAUCCCUUCUCCAUGUGCCAAGAUACCUCCAUCCGAGUCUACUGUCACAACAUGUCCUCCGAAAACCCAGAGGAGUUCCUCACCCUGCCUUCUGGUCCGGACAACAACUUUGCCAUUAAAUAUGGUCCUCGACUUCAAUGGAGUGGGGCCGUUUGGUAUCGAUGCAGCGGCCCACUAUACGGCUUCUGGAACGAGGCUGGGGAGACAAAGUUCCGUAAAGUCAGAAUCGAGUUUGAAAACUCCAAGGUCAAGAUAAUACAAGAUGACUUCACCUUCGCCACAACCACAGGUAACAAUGACGUACCGUACGGAGUGGCCGGUGACUGCUACUCGCCCAGACAGGGCUGUGGCAGAGGAACAUUGAAGGUUAACCUGACCGGGACGGAACUCAAGCUGGCACAAGGUGUUCAGUGGACCAUGUGGUACACCUGGCCUGGAGAUGUGACUGUCCAGGAUAUGUACAUCUCUCAGGACAGAAAGGUUGCCUCUGCCCGAUGCGGAGGUUGGUGUGGACACUGUAAGCCGGAAGGAGACAACCUACUUCUCUCUCAUUCACAGUGUAUGGAACCGAAGUCCUGUCGCGAAGUGAAGUCCCGCCUGCCUGCUGCCAGUGAUGGCGACUACACAAUCCAUCCCUUCUCCAUGUGCCAAGAUACCUCCAUCCGAGUCUACUGUCACAACAUGUCCUCCGAAAACCCAGAAGAGUUCCUCACCCUGCCUUCUGGUCCGGACAACAACUUUGCCAUUAAAUAUGGUCCUCGACUUCAAUGGAGUGGGGCCGUUUGGUAUCGAUGCAGCGGCCCACUAUACGGCUUCUGGAACGAGGCUGGGGAGACAAGAUUCCGUAAAGUCAGAAUCCAGUUUGAAAACUCCAAGGUCAAGAUAAUACAAGAUGACUUCACCUUCGCCACAACCACAGGUAACAAUGACGUACCGUACGGAGUGGCCGGUGACUGCUACUCGCCCAGACAGGGCUGUGGCAGAGGAACAUUGAAGGUUAACCUGACAGGGACGGAACUCAAGCUGGCACAAGGUGUUCAGUGGACCAUGUGGUACACCUGGCCUGGAGAUGUGACUGUCCAGGAUAUGUACAUCUCUCAGGACAGAAAGGUUGCCUCUGCCCGAUGCGGAGGUUGGUGUGGACACUGUAAGCCGGAAGGAGACAACCUACUUCUCUCUCAUCCACAGUGUAUGGGUGAGAACUAGUCAUAACGUUACACUGCAAGAAUUUUUUGAAAAAGGAUUUUUUGUUCAGUACAAGACCAUUUGACCACUUCUAGGCAAUGAACCUGAUGGGUGGUGGAAACUAUUUUGUUAGGAGAUAGCAGCCAAUGUUGUUUUUGAA